CGCGUCCUUUGCUGCUCACCUGAAAGAGCGCAGGCUGCAGACAGCCUGACUGACUGACAGACAGGACAGGCAGGUAGACUGCACAGAAGAGUGGAGCCGGAAGAACGAGCAGGUCGACCUCUCCUGAUUGAAGAGUACUUUUCACAGUAACUCCAGGCGUUUCUUUAGAUCAUAACACAGACCUGUUUUAAUACGCGGUUUAUUUAUGAAAGUGAAGCGACAGUGGAGGAAACAUGACGGAACAAGGGAAGAAACUGAUUCUGAUCGUGGUGGAUAUUCUUUGUGUGUUCUUUGCUGCUCUGCCCUCUGCCAUCCUCACGCUCAUGUUUACUCCGUACCAAAGAGGAAUCUACUGCGAUGACAAGAGCAUCAGCUACCCCUACAGGAGAGACACCAUCUCCCACGGAGCCAUGGCCGCUGUCACCAUCACCUGCUCCAUCGUCAUUAUCACCACAGGAGAGGCCUACCUUGUGCACACGAAGCGUCUGCACUCCAACUCUCAGUUCAACCAGUACCUGUCCGCUCUUUAUAAGGUGGUCGGCACCUUCCUGUUUGGAGGAGCCGUUAGCCAAUCACUGACUGACCUGGCCAAGUUCACUAUCGGCCGCCCCCGACCUAAUUUCUUGUCCGUGUGUGCUCCGGUCAGCUGUAACGGAUACAUACUGCAGAUCAACUGUACAGGAAACCCUCGCAAUGUGACUGAAUCCAGGUUGUCUUUCUACUCGGGCCACUCGGCCUUCGGGAUGUACUGCAUGCUCUUUCUGUCGCUCUACGUUCAGGCCCGGAUGCAGGGUAAGUGGACUCGUCUGGUCCGACCGACCAUCCAGUUCUUCCUGGUGGCAUUUGCUGUCUAUGUGGGAUACACGCGUGUGUCCGACUACAAACAUCACUGGAGUGACGUGCUGGUGGGGUUGCUGCAGGGCGCGCUCAUCGCUGUGCUCACUGUCCGAUAUGCGUCUGACUUCUUCAAGCAGCGCCCCCCUCGCUGCACUCACGACACGGCAGAGGUCGAACACCUGGAGCGCAAACCGAGCCCGCAGCCUCCGGACAACCAGCACGGAAACCACUACAACUACUCUGGACCUGUAUGAGCUCUCCGCAGCAGCAGCUACUCUUACUAACCUGGGCCUCCGCUUUCUAACAGCAGCACAUCACCAAAGAACUGUGACUUGUACAAAAAACAGAAACCACUACCUGAAGAUCCAGACCAGACCUGCUCCUGACAAGUUCUACUGCUAUAAAAAAAACUCUGAGAUUCCCAAAACCUGUUGGAACAGACACUCCACCGUCUCUGUGUCUUUAUAGUGAGGGUGUGUGAUUCCAAACUAUCUGUGAUUGAUGUGUGGUUUGUUGUUGUGUACGUGUGUAAUGUGUGUUUAUAGAUGUUUUUAUGUUUGUUUUAAUCUGUGGUGAGAAGAGUUUCAGAUUUUAUGAUGAGUUAAAGUGAAAAGUGAGCAAAGGCUGCUGAAGGGAUCUAUAAAUUUCAAAAACACCAACCAAAGAUUUCUGUGUGUCCUUGGGUGGAGUGACAAAAAUCUUUGGAGGCUGAAUAUUUUCAACUUUGUUGCUUUUUCUGGUCGGACUUUAGUCUCACCGACACUGGAGCUACAGAUUUUAAACUGCCAUUUUAUUUUCCUCUGCACAUCUCUUUAUUCUACUGUCUUUAGAAGAUGUGCAUGUGUAACAAUGGACUGCUUUAACCUUAUAGUAACUGUGCAUAGUACUAACAUUUUUAUCAUGUUUUUAACUACUGUAUGUAAUAAAUUGUGUAGCGUUUUAAAAAUGUACUACCACUAUUUUUCUGUGAGGUUACAGUACAACAAAUUGAGCUGGCAACUUUUUCUAGAUGUUUCUAUAUGUUUUAUUUUACCUGAACGCACCACCAAAGACGAAUAAGACCUUUACAGAGGCAUUUUUAUCCCAUCAUACUUUUCAAUGUCAUACCCUAAGUGCUUGUGAAAUCAAAUUUUCAAUUCAAGUCUGACACAAACCAAAAGCACUUUCAUGGACCUUCCACUUCCCUCUUUAUACCACUGUGUGUUACCUAUUAUGCAAUUCCACACAAUGUAAACAUUUCUGCCUUUAAGCCUUGGUUUUUGUAGUUCUCUCCAUAAAAAUGAGCCAGCAU